AUGCGAUUCACAUCUUUACCCUCGGCCCUCCUGCUUGGACUCGCCUUGCACAUUGGAGUAGAAGGUGCAGGCUUGGAGGACAAGAAACCCAAGCCUGUUGACCCAUGUACUAUUUCAUCGACAACAGGGUCUUUUUUUGAUCUGAGACCAUUAUCGAUACAAGCUCCAGAAGAAGGGAAGAAACCUGCCAAAAAUGCGAAGACGGACAGCUGGCAUGCAAGAGGAUAUGAUUACAAAGGAAACUUUACACUGAACGUGUGCGCGCCAGUGGUAGAAGAGGUGAAGGAUUUUGUGGGAGUAGACAAAAACCAUUGGAAGAAUGUGAGCGCUUUUUAUGAAUAUGACGGAAAGAAGUAUUCCGUAGGUCAGCAAUCAGGAAACUUAACACUCCGCGGAAGAAAGCUUGUUGUAGAGUAUACGAAUGGAUCGCCAUGUGGAGGAAAGAACAAAAAAAGAAGCUGGGACGAUGACGAUGACGACGAUAAAUCCAUACGGCGGAAAUCUAGCAUAAUAUCUUUUCAUUGCGAGAAAGACCCACUCGCUACUGCAUCCGCCUCGUACGUAGGAACCGAUCCAGAAGAAUGCGCCUAUUUCUUCGAAGUGCGCUCACAAGCUGCUUGCGGAGGCUCCGAACCUGCCAAACAGACUGUAGGUCCGGGUGCUGUCUUCGCCAUCAUAGGAGUUAUUGCUAUACUGCAUAGGAGAUUUCAUAAAGGUGAGCUGCAAAAAAUGUCUUAUGAGAUCAGCACCACAACUCUUUCCCCGUGUAGCGUCCGUUCGGGAUGGCUCGUCGAUAUUGCCGACGAUGGAGGUGAGGGGAAUGUCGAAUCGCAGGUCGCAGAAGUCGACGUUUUCAUCAUCGCUACUUCAUCAUGCUCAAGAUGUUUACCAACCCAUAGGGGAUAUAAUACCUUGAGUAUCUCCGCAAAUGGACACUCUGGAGAUGGAAGUAAUGGUAGAGGGAGUGGGAGGGAUAGAGGCGUUAGUGCAAAUGAAAGUGGGAGGAGAAAUUCGGGGAGUGAGGAUGAAAAUCGUUUGAUAGAUCAAUUGGAUGAGGAGUGGGAUGAUUAG